CUACUACUACUACUACUACUACUACGUUACGGAACUUAGCUUGUAUGACACAUCAAAGGCCAGUGACGUCAUCACUUAGCUGCAUCACUGUAUUACCCACCUCUCUGAGGGAUUCGAUCAGACGGCAUCUGACUUUGUGACAGGUUACGUGUUUUCUCACUCCCACCACAGAAUUUAAUUUCUUAUCUCAGGAUGAUUCAAGGACCAGCUAUGUCAAGACAGCAGAGACAGCAAGCUCAGAAAUACGAGCAACUCUCGUAUGACCCAUCAAGGCUCGAGCAAAUUACGCUUCUCACAGAAGAAAAUAACAAACUCAAAAGCAAACUUGAAGAAACACAGGAGCACUUUAGCAAGGCUACAGGACUUCCACUUGAUGGAUACCAGCUGAGACAACGGUGUAUUAACUUGGAAAAACAGCUUCAGGCUUCUCAAAAUCAGCUAAUGGUAAGUGAGUCGAUGCGCAUAGCUGACAGAAACUACAUUAGCGAACUUGUUCAGAACAUUCAAAUCCUGCGAUCUGAGCUGGAAAUUGCAAAGACCAGUGACUGGAAACGAGUCGAUGUUAUAGCAGAUGAAAAAGACACGCUGUUUAACGACAUUUUAAUCAAACUGAGGCACUAUAAAGAUGAAAUCUUUGGUCUCCAGGCUGCCUUUAAUGAGUUCAGUGGGUGGAAAGGUCAAAUUAAAACCAUACAUGGUAAGACAGACGCCUUGACCAGCUCGAUAAGUCACCUAGAGGCGAAGCUAAGGGACCUGGUGAAAGAAGGUGAAGACAUGAGUGUUUCCAAACAAAACGACACCAUAAUCAAUGUGCCUUUAUCAGAACUGAGUGAUAUAAAAGAGAGAAAUAUAGAUUUAGAGUCUGAAAUUAAAGGCCUAACCAUAAAGAAUGAUGAGAAUGAAAGACUAAUUCAGGAACUGAGAAGAAAAUUGGAAAACAGCCACAGAGAAGAGGAAUGCAAUUAUUUCAAAUCAACAAUUGAAGAGUUGCAGACAUCCGAGGCAGCGCUUCUAAAGGAGGUUCAUGAGCUGAAGGAAACGCGCUCGAUGUGCAAUGAAAAGAUUAAUAGGCUUUCUCAAACCAUCGAAAAGGCUGAACGUGAGAAAAUGAGUGCAGAGAAAAUUUCUGAGGAGCUAAAACAGAUAAACGAAAAAUUGCAGAUAGUCUCCUCAUUUAGGGACAGUUACCAAAAGCAGAAAGAGAUGAACAUUCAAGAGCCUCACUUGCAGAAAACGAUAAGACUGCAGGGGCAACAGAUCAAGCAGGAUGAUUUGCAGGGAAGAAAUGAAAUGCAUCAGUCUCUUAAUGAUAAAAAUAAGCUGAAAAAAGAUUCUCAAUCGUCCGAACUUCAGUUAAAAUUAGAUAAAUUAAAGAUGAAGCUAGAAAACAAACAAGAGCAGUACAAGGAGCUUCACAAAGACAUCUGGAGUUUUUUAGAAACUGUUUCUGAUAAUGCAGGAAUCUUACUGAAUAAGAAGGAACCUGUCAGUAAUCAGAUAUCAACAGCCUUAGAACAAAUCAAAGUUUAUAUCAAUAACACUUCGCAGGGCCUCGUUUCUCGCAGGAAUUUACACAAAAAAUUAGCAGCGAAAGCCGCCGCUCUAAGGAAGGCAGAACAAGAGCUGGAGUCCAGUAAUAAGGUUAUAGAUGAGCUGCGUAUUCAGCUCGAGGAGAUGAAACAAAGGCACAACACGGAACUAAUUGAGCUGGAAUUGGCUUCACAAGAAGGAAUUACAGAAUAUAUCAGGGAAAUUAGCCAGCUGAAGGACGCAAUUAAAACUGCAGAGAAUGAGCUGGAAUACUUAAAAAGUCCAGAUUUCAAGCCAGACAAAGAACUCCCGAAAAAGGUGGAAGAACUGACUCUAGAGCUGCUGAUUAGCAAGGGAAAGCAAAAACAGCUUCAGAGAAUAAACGACAAGCAACAGAAUGAAUGUGAGGAGCUCAGGAAACAAAUCAGUCAACUCAGCGCCGAUAAUGGGAAGUCAAGCUCUGAGGGAAAAUUUGAAGAGAGAUUUUUGAAGGCACAGCCUUCCAAACCGAAGACGGUAAAAGCGCCUCUAAAGAAGAAUGGAGGGGAGAAUGAAGUGCUUUCGCCAGGGGAAAAGGCUCCUAAAUAUCAUGCAGGGAUUCAGGAAACAUCAAAGAAUGAAGAAAUGUUCACAGACCCAUGGUCUUCAGACUCUGAUGAUGAAGUUCAAACGAGCUUUUGCAAUGAAAUACAUCCCAAAGAAGACAGUUGCUCCAAAAUACCAAAAAAAUUGGGGCCUGAGGUGGUAAAGAUGGACACUUCUCCAACGAAAACUGAAAAAGAUAUUGACUUAUUUUUACCUGAGAGAUGGUCUCCGAAAAAUCAAGCCAAAACAUCUGAAAACAGCAAAAUAAGUGAACAAAGCCCACUAUCCAGGUUCAACCCCAAACAAGGAAAAACCCCUUUACCUUCAGUGAGAAGCAGACGUACUGAUCUCCCCCAAAACGUUCUACCAGUUCCUACAGAUGAAUUUGAAAAGAGCUUUGGGAAUGAAAAAUCUCCCAGGGCACACAGAUAUACAAAAUCUACAAAUGAACUGGGGGCUGAAGUAAAAAAGAUGGACACUUCUCCAAAUAAAAUUGAAAAGGAGAAAGAGUUUAUUUCAUCUGAGAAAAAGUCUCAUGACGAGUUCUUGGAUUCAUGGUUGAAGGAAUUUGGUUGGUCUGAUGAUAUCACUGAAGACAGAUUGUUGCCAGGCUCCGAUAGUGGAUCUAGGAAUGAAACAUCUCCCAAGGAAGCCAAAAGCAAGAAAUCUUCAAAAGAACUGGGGGCUGAAGUAAAAAAGAUGGACAUUUCUCCAACAAAAACUGAAAAGGAUGUUGAAUUAUGUUUACCUGGGAUAUGGUUUAAGAAACAUCAAGCUAAAACAUCUGAAAACAGCAAAAUAAGUGAACAAAGCCCACCAUCCAGGUUCAACCCCAAACGAGGAAAUACCCCUUUACCUUCAAUGAGAAGCAGACGUACUGAUCUCCCCCAAAACGUUCUACCAGUUCCUACAGAUGAAUUUGAAAAGAGCUUUGGGAAUGAAAAAUCUCCCAGGGCACACAGAUAUACAAAAUCUACAAAUGAACUGGGGGCUGAAGCAAAAAAGAUGGACACUUCUCCAACGAAAAGUGAAAAGGAGAAAGAGUUAAUUUCAUCUGAGAAAAAGUCUACCAACGAGAUCUUGGAUUCAUUGUUGGAGGAAUUUGGUUGGCUUGACGAUAUCACUGAAGACAGAUUGUUGCCAGGCUCCGAUGGUGGCCAUAGGAAUGAAAAAUCUCCCAAGGAAGCCAAAAGCACGAAAUCUACAAAUGAACUGGGGGCUGAAGUAAAAAAGAUGGACGCUUCUCCAAAGAAAAGUGAAAAGGAGAAAGAGUUAAUUUCAUCUGAGAAAAAGUCUACCAACGAGAUCUUGGAUUCAUUGUUGGAGGAAUUUGGUUGGCUUGACGAUAUCACUGAAGACAGAUUGUUGCCAGGCUCCGAUGGUGGCCAUAGGAAUGAAAAAUCUCCCAAGGAAGCCAAAAGCACGAAAUCUACAAAUGAACUGGGGGCUGAAGUAAAAAAGAUGGACGCUUCUCCAAAGAAAAGUGAAAAGGAGAAAGAGUUAAUUUCAUCUGAGAAAAAGUCUACCAACGAGAUCUUGGAUUCAUUGUUGGAGGAAUUUGGUUGGCUUGACGAUAUCACUGAAGACAGAUUGUUGCCAGGCUCCGAUGGUGGCCAUAGGAAUGAAAAAUCUCCCAAGGAAGCCAAAAGCACGAAAUCUACAAAUGAACUGGGGGCUGAAGCAAAAAAAGUUGGACGCUUCUCCAAAGAAAAUUGAAAAAUGAGAAGGAGUUAAUUUCUUGUCUGAAAAAGGUGGAGGCUGGUUCUGAAGAUGUUGAGAAGAAGAAGAAAAAGAAAGUUAAGUUUCUAUUACAGUGCCUCUGAAGAUAAAAAUCAUGCAGCGCUUCACAAAAACAAAAAAUGAAAAAACAUAAAAUAAAAAAAGCAUUUAGAAAAAUUUUAAAAUAUAUUUAAAAUGAGCAAAAAUAGGCAAUUGUGAUUAAAAAAUAUUAAGAAAGACUGAGUGAACAAGAAAGAGGGAAAUCAGUGGAUCCUGAGGAAGGUGGAAUAGGUGGGGAGAGCAGAAUAGAGAGAGUGGUGAAGAAGGUCAUACAAAAGCCAGCUUAAACAAGUGAGUCUUCAGCUGCUUUUUAAAGGAGACCACUGAGGAAGGAACCACGCACACAAUCUGGUCUCAACCCCAAACCAAGACGGACCGUUCUACGUCCAAUUAGAGGGAAACCUAUUGAGCCAAUCACCAAGAACGUUCUUCCUCCUGUAAAGUGGAAACCCGUUAUAUAUAGGGGAAAAGCCUGGACUUCCUUAUAUUUUGAAGGUGUUUCUUUUAGUUAGUUAGUUAGUUAGUUAGUUAGUUAGUUAGUUAGUUAGUUAGUUAGUUUUCUGUUUCAGUUUAUAUGACUCUUUCGUACAUUUUUUACUGUAGAGCUACAAUUAUUCAGCAGUUUACUCAAAUGUGGUCAAAGCAUUCAGCUUGGAAAGGUCGGCUACGACUUUUAAGUUUUUUAGUUCGUUAGUCAAUAGAUAAAUCAUUAGUUUGUUAGGUUUUAGAUGAAGUACAAAAAAAGCAUGUCAUGUUCCCGAGCCGAGGUGAGUGACACCAUCUCCACUCUAACUGUGAUUGAGCUGAUUUCCCUCAGGUGAGGAGCGGAGGGGGCGGCAGCUGCAGAAGAUCCCAAUCAGGAACUCGGGUUUAAAAGGAGGAUGGAGACACUUCACUACGUUGGAUGAUUGCACCAGUUUAACAUCCUCACUCAACCUGCUUCCCUCUCGCUGUUUUGUACUCGGGAUUCAUACACCACGUCCCAUCCUCCUCCGUUGUUCCUAUUGGCCCCUCUCUGCGACCUCACUCAUCCCGGAUCGCUCACCCUCUGCCCAACGCUCACCUCGGCUCCCCCGCCUCCCUCAUUCAUCCCGAGCGCUACUUGGACUCGAGCUACACCGCUCACUCCCACAGGACUUCCCUGUGCUAUUUUUGUUCCCGUUUAAUAAUAAAGAACUUUACUUUUA